GAGGUUUGUGGUUUACAUUGCGCUGGGUUUGGGGGGUAUUUUGUCACUUUUCAUUCUUCAUGGCCGAACACGUAAUAUAGGAAAUAAUUUUGGACUGUAAUUGUAAAUGUCUAACAGAUUUUACCAAACUUUGACGAGAAAGACCAAGCACGUCUGGGUGGUUUUGGUUCUAAAGUCUCAACCUUUUGAAUCGUCGUUUCCUUCUUUCUCGCUUACCAGAUCUUCGAAAAAUCCUAACUUUUUGUAUUAUUUCGAUUCCAUGGCUGCUUCAGCUGCAUUCUUCAUAUCAUCACCACCUUUCGUACCCUUUUCCUGCAAAAUUCGCAGACCAUUUCUAUUGCUUUCUCCAAAAUACCCCAAACCGGUUUCGGUGCGAGCUUCUGUGCCCUCGAUCUCCAUCGAUGACAAAUCUUCAGUCCAAACUAAGACUAGCAAUUGGCAGUGGAAGUUCAAGGGAAACUCGAUCGGAAUAUACUAUGAAGAGCAUGAGAGGGAGAAAAGUGAAUCAGCUAAGAAUAUCCUUAUGAUACCAACAAUAUCAGAUGUUAGCACCGUUGAGGAGUGGAGAUCUGUGGCUAAAGACAUUGUGCAGCGUGAUGGUGAAGUCAGCUGGCGAGCAACUAUUGUAGAUUGGCCUGGUCUUGGCUAUUCUGGUAGACCAAAGAUGGAUUACGACACAGAUGUCAUGGAGAAGUUUGUGGUUNAGUUUCCUGAACCCGAUGCGUUCAUGUUCAACACUCUCGUCCGAGGCUACUGUGAAUCCGAUGACCCGGGUAACUCCGUAGCUGUGUUUGUGGAGAUGAUUAGUAAAGGUUUAGUCUUUCCGGAUAGCUUCUCCUUGGCGUUUGUUGUCAAGGCGGUUGCGAAUUUAAGGUCUUUGAGAACUGGGUUUCAGAUGCAUUGUCAAGCUUUGAAGCAUGGGCUUGAUUCGCAUUUGUUCGUUGGUACUACUUUGAUCGGUAUGUAUGGGGAAUGUGGGUGUGUGGAGUUUGCUCGCAAGGUGUUCGACGAAAUGCGUCAACCGAAUUUGGUUGCGUGGAACGCUGUGAUCACUGCCUGUUUCAGGGGGAAUGAUGUUUCCAAAGCCAGGGAAAUCUAUGAUAAGAUGCUGGUAAAGAAUCACACAUCGUGGAACGUGAUGCUUGCUGGGUACACUAAAUCUGGGGAGGUUGAGAGUGCUAAACGGAUCUUCUUGGAGAUGCCUCACAGAGAUGAUGUCUCUUGGAGCACUAUGAUUGUUGGGUUUGCUCAUAAUGGGAGUUUCAGUGAUGCUUUCUCGUAUUUCAGGGAGUUGCAACGAGCGGAGAUGAGACCAAACGAGGUAAGUCUGACUGGAGUUCUUUCUGCAUGUUCACAAUCCAGGGCAUUUGAGUUUGGGAAGACGAUACACGGGUUUGUAGAGAAAUCAGGGUAUAGUUGGAUAGUUUCUGUGAACAAUGCGCUUAUUGAUAUGUAUUCUAGGUGCGGUGAUGUCCUAAUGGCUUGGUUAGUCUUUGAAGGUAUGCAAGAUAAGACAAGUAUUGUAUCUUGGACAUCAAUGAUAGCUGGCUUAGCUAUGUAUGGUCACGGGGAAGAAGCUAUAAGACUCUUCAAUGAAAUGAUUGCAUCUGGUGUUACACCAGACGGGGUAUCGUUUGUGUCACUUUUGUAUGCUUGCAGCCAUGCUGGACUGAUCAAAGAAGGUGAAGAUUACUUCUCUAAGAUGAAGAGCGUUUACCAUAUAGAACCAGCGAUUGAACACUAUGGUUGCAUGGUUGAUUUAUAUGGCCGAUCUGGAAAACUUCAAAAGGCUUACAAUUUUAUAAGCCAAAUGCCAAUUGCGCCAACAGCCAUAGUGUGGCGGACUCUUCUCGGGGCGUGCAGUAGUCAUGGGAAUAUUGAAAUGGCAGAGCAAGUAAAACAAAGGCUUAAUGAGCUUGACCCAAAUAACUCGGGGGAUCUUGUUCUUUUGUCGAAUGCUUAUGCUAUUGCGGGUAAAUGGAAGGAUGUUUCUUGUAUCAGAAAGUCAAUGAUUGUCCAGAGAAUCAAGAAGAUAACUGCUUGGAGCUCUGUUGAAGUUGGCAAAACCAUGUACAAGUUCAGUGCAGGGGAGAAAAAGAAGGGAAUCGAUAUAGAGGCUCACGAGAAGCUAAAAGAAAUAAUCUUGAGGCUUAGAAAUGAAGCUGGGUAUGCACCAGAGCUAGCAAGUGCUUUAUAUGAUGUAGAAGAGGAAGAAAAAGAAGAUCAAGUGAGUAAACACAGCGAGAAGCUUGCACUUGCAUUUGCUCUAGCUAGAUUACCCAAAGGAGCAAAUAUCAGGAUAGUGAAAAAUCUUAGAAUUUGCAGAGAUUGUCACGCUGUUAUGAAACUAACUUCAAAGGUUUAUGAAGUAGAGAUUGUGGUCAGAGACAGAAAUCGCUUCCAUUCAUUCAAGGACGGUUAUUGCUCAUGCAGUGACUACUGGUAAAAGUUCUGAAUAAAUUGUACACCAAACGACAUAUCAUUUUGUGGUUUUGAUGAUUCAACUAAUGACCUCGUCAUCAAUGAAGACUUCACUACCAACACAAACUUUCAGAUAGGUCUUCAUUUGCGAGAUUUUACCAAACUUUGACGAGAAAGACCAAGCACGUCUGGGUGGUUUUGGUUCUAAAGUCUCAACCUUUUGAAUCGUCGUUUCCUUCUUUCUCGCUUACCAGAUCUUCGAAAAAUCCUAACUUUUUGUAUUAUUUCGAUUCCAUGGCUGCUUCAGCUGCAUUCUUCAUAUCAUCACCACCUUUCGUACCCUUUUCCUGCAAAAUUCGCAGACCAUUUCUAUUGCUUUCUCCAAAAUACCCCAAACCGGUUUCGGUGCGAGCUUCUGUGCCCUCGAUCUCCAUCGAUGACAAAUCUUCAGUCCAAA